GAAAAAACCUAGCUUUGUAUGGUAUCCGCUCAUGUCCUUUUGUCUUUCUCUUUUCCAUUGCACUUUUCACAUCUUCUUCAUCCACCAUUUACCAUAUCAUUCGAGAAAUUAAUCAGUAGAAAUGCUAGAAAUUCAUCGGAACAGCUCAGUUGAGUGGAAGCCAUCACCAGUAGUAGCUUUAGCUACUAACGCCGACGAUUCACAAGUGGCCGCUGCCCGUGAAGAUGGCUCCGUUGAGAUUUGGCUUGUUUCUCCUGGUUCUGUUGGCUGGCACUGUCAGCUCACAAUACAUGGGAAUCCAAAUUCUAGGGUUUCUUCGCUGGUUUGGUGUCGAUCGGGUUCCGGUGAUUCGUCGUCGGCUGGUCGAUUGUUUUCUUCUAGUAUUGAUGGAUCGGUUUCUGAAUGGGACCUUUUUGAUUUGAUGCAAAAGGUUGCGCUAGAUUCUAUUGGCGUUGCAAUAUGGCAGAUGGCUGUGGCGCCAUUCAGUAAUUCACAGCUUAAUCAAAAGCAGUCCAAGCAUUAUGAGAAUGGCCAUGUUAAUCAUAGAAACAGCGAGAGCAAUGAUAGUGAGAGUAGUGAAAGCGAAGAUGGUGGUGACUCAGUAGAGCUUCAUGAGGAUCAUGCUAGUGAUAAUAGCCGAAUAGCAUUUGCUUGUGAUGAUGGCUGUGUAAGAAUCUAUAUGGUCAAUGAUGAUGAAAACUUAACUUACAAAAGAUCAUUGCCAAGGGUCAGUGGACGUACAUUGAGUGUUACCUGGAGUUCUGACGCAAAUAGGAUAUUUUCUGGGAGUAGUGAUGGGUUUAUAAGAUGCUGGGACGCCAAGUUUGUUCAUGAAAUCUACAGGAUAUCAGUUGGUCUUGGAGGGGUGGGUAGUGGAUCUGAACUGUGCAUAUGGUCUUUACUUGCAUUGAGAUGUGGUACCCUCGUCAGUGCAGAUAGUACCGGGAGUGUUCAGUUCUGGGACACCCAGCAUGGGACUCUUGUGAAUGCGCUUUCCAAUCAUAAAGGUGAUGUAAAUGCUUUAGCAGCAUCUCCCAGCCAUACUAGGGUGUUUUCUGCUGGCUCUGAUGGUCAGGUUUUACUUUACAAGCUCUCUAUGGAUUUUGCUGGAGCUAGUGAUGUAAAUGUGACCUCUGGAGCUGUGAAGAAAUGGGUUUAUAUUAGUCAUGUGAGGGCACAUACACAUGAUGUGAAGGCCUUGACUGUUGCUAUGCCCAUCAGUCACGAAGAUGCCAUAAUUGAACAGGACAAAAAGAGACCUCGAUCUAGGACGAAGCCCCUUGAUUCUAGUUACCAUAAAUGGGCACAUUUAGGCGUGCCGAUGCUUAUCUCAGGUGGUGAUGACACCAAACUUUUUGCAUACUCUGCGAGGGAGUUUACCAAGUUUUCUCCACAUGAUAUUUGUCCUGUACCGCAGAGGCCGCAUAUACAACUUGCAGUAAAUACGAUAUUUAAUCAGGCUGUGUUACUCUUAGUCCAAGCUUCCUACUGGAUUGAUAUUCUGUUUGUUCGUGCUGUGUCUGGUGGAGCUGCUAAGACUGAUCUGGUGGCCCGAGUUAAGUGUAAAUCUUCAAGGAAAAUAACAUGUAGUGCAAUUUCUCCUACUGGUGCCCUUUUUGCUUUUUCUGAUCAUGUAAAGCCCUGCCUCUUUGAGCUUGCGAGAGGUGCUUCCAGCAAGAGUCCGUGGGCAGUCAACAAAAGGCAUCUUCCUUUGGAACUUCCGUUUGCCCAUUCGAUGGUUUUCAGUGCUGAUUCUGCUCGGUUGAUGAUAGCAGGGUGUGACAGAAGGGUCUAUGUGGUGGAUGUAGGAAGCGCAGAACUAGUUCAUGUUUUUACACCUCGCCGUGAUGAGCAUGUGGAAGAACUAUCCCCUGCUGAACCUCCCAUAACUAGAAUGUUCAUCAGCACCGAUGGGCAAUGGCUAGCUGCUAUAAACUGCUUUGGAGAUGUGUAUAUAUUUAAUCUAGAGACACAAAGACAACACUGGUUUAUAUCCAGAUUGGAGGGUCAUUCAGUCACGGCUGGUGGUUUUACGCCUCAAAAUAGCAAUGUGCUUAUCGUAUCCACUUCUUCGAACCAUGUAUAUGCGUUAGAUGUUGAAGCUAAGCAGUUAGGGGAAUGGUCGAAUCAUAAUACAUUUGCAUUGCCGAGAAGAUAUCAAGAAUUUCCUGGAGAAGUGAUUGGGAUUUCGUUCCCACCAUCUUCCGAUUCUUCAUCUGUCAUUGCCUAUAGCCCAAAAGCAAUGUGCUUGAUCGACUUUGGGAAACCGGUGGAUGGUGAUGAUGAGGCUGACUUACCCAACAAUCAAGAUUUAGCUUUAAAGAAGUUACAUAGUACUCUCGUGAAUGGGAGUGUAAAUGGAAAUUUGAAGCGGAAGUCAAAGGGAAACGAGCUGGAGGCUAAACACAGUGGUAGAAAGAAUUUUGAGUUGUGUAGUUUCAGAGAUCCCGUCUUAUUUGUUGGACAUCUUUCAAAAACUUCUACCUUGAUCAUAGACAAACCUUGGAUACAAGUGAUUAAAAGUUUUGAUACUACACCUGUUCACAGACAUAUUUUCGGGUCAUAACUAGUUUUGUACCAGCUAGUUUUUGUUUCAUUUUACUAGGGAAAUUUAGCGUGGCGAGUCAAGCCCUUUAGCAAUGUUAAGAGUUUUCUUUGUUGUCACUUUGGGGGAAAGAGGGGAUGAAAGCUUCUUGUGUAAUGUAUUCUUUGAUAGUCCAGUAAAACUUGUGAAAUCAAUUUUGAAGUUCAAUAUACAUUACAUUUACUAUUUUA